AAAUUUAGAUUUAUUUACAAUUAAUCCUUGUAAAUUUUCGAAAUGAAGAGAUAUUUCUUUAUCCGAUCAAUAUUUAUACUUUUCCUAUCUUUAGCAGAAUCAGUGGCAUACCAUGGCUUGCUUAUCCUGCCAUUGCCUCGCCAAAGCUUUCGUUUAUGCCUCUCUUUCCACCAACAACAACGACUCUGUUUCUCUUCCUUCUCCUCCACACUCCAGCGCUAGAGAUCCCAAGCCUUCAAUUCCUACCACUAAAACAAAAACUACUUCCCCAACCCUUCCAAGAAAGCAGCGCCAUCAAUCCAAACUCCAAAAGCAACUCAAUCUUAUCCGCAUCGAACGUGCCAUUGGAGCCGGCAGUUAUCGGGAUUCUGAGCCCAAUGGCUUGGAGCAGCAUAGCAACUCUACUGUGCAGGGCCUUUUGCCUGAUGAUGCUGGUGGUUUAGAGGGGUCUGUGGAGAAGAAGCUACGAGAGACCGGAGAGUGGCUAACUGAUAAAACCGAGGGACAAUUUCGUUCUUCUGGUAAACAAAUCUUGAUGUUUUUCUUCAAAUGGGUUCUGCCAAUUUACAUUUUCAUGUUCUUGGUGACUUCAGGAAUUGUAGAGCUACCAUUCAGCACUCCCUUUCUUGAUGAUCUCCUCAUGUGAAUAAAAAUCAUACUCAAAAUUUUUAUAUAUGUUUGCUCUCUCUUGGUCGAUGUCAGUAAAGGUGUAUAAUAAUUAUACCGUAAAAUUACAAGAUCUAAACAUAAUAGUUAUAUAUAGAGGAAGGGGGAGGAAACUCCUUUCUUUGCAAGUGCUAUAGGAGAAGAUUGUCUGUCAUAUGCAGCCUUCCCUACACUUGUUUCCAAUAUUGAGCUCUCUGUGUAUGUAAUAUUUGGUCAAUAAUGGAUGGUAAGACUAGUCGCCUAACUUGUUCCUGCA